AAAAGAACCCGGAUAUGAUAUCAAGACAUCAAAACAAUUUGUGAUUGAGCAAUACAGUGCCAGACCAUAUAAGUUUGGUGAUUAACUGAAAAAGCAAAGUCUGUCGAAAGAAUCGGGGACCAAAAACAGAAUUAAAUCACAAGGCUAACAUGAGUGGAAAAGAAGCAAAAGCCCAAGAAGCUGGUCAACAACAAGGUUAUCCCCAGGGACAACCCCCACAGUAUGACCCUGCCUAUCCUCCCCAGGGGCAGUAUUAUAACCCCCAAGCAGGGGCAUACAAUCAGCCAAUCACUGGCCAGCCCCAGAUUGUAGUGUACCAGCAACAACCAGCACACAACAUCCCCGACCAAAUGGGUUAUGCCAUCUUUGUCACACUUUGCUGCUGCUGGCCAAUGGGAAUUAUGGCUAUUGUCAAGGCCCUGGCUAGUCGGGAUGCAAUCGCCCGCGGAGAUCUUGUGGAAGGAAAGAGCAAAGCUGAAGAUGCUAAACGCUGGUCCCACUGGGCUCUUGGUGUUGGCAUUGCUUUUUUUCUGAUAAUCGUGGUGUUCCUGAUUGUGUUUUACACGGCCAUUUUCCCUGGUUUGAUUCGUGGUGAUUAUGAUUAAAGUUAGUUCAUUGUAAUGAGCUACGGUAACCUGGACUCAUUCUUCCAUUCACAGAUUUAAUCAAAAAUUAGUUUUUACAGUUAUGACAUUGGACAUGAUCAAAAUAUUUUCAGGGGGCAGGUUGAUGAAUAUUUUGAGUAGAUACUGAAUUCCAUUGUAUUGUAAAUAAAACUGGAUAGUGAUAUCAGGUGAAAAGGAACAAAUAUAUUUAUUAAAUAGGAAAACAGUCAAGAAAAGAGAAAAAUAUUAGUAUUGUCAGUAUUACAUGCACAGAUGACCUUAAGAAGUAUAUUAAUAAUGGUUUUGGUGUAUAUCUUAAUGUAAAAAAAAAAUGACCAGAUAAAUUUUUGAAUAGAUAAAUGGACAGCUGGGAUAGUGCUAACACUCACCAAUUUAGUCAAAUGCUAAAACCAACUUAAAGUGGCCAAACAAGAUAGGGUUGAUGUGACUUGUUUUGGUCAAAUUUAAACCAUUUGGAGAAAAAAAGUUACUGUAGUGAUUUGGCUUAGUGUAAAAAAUUGCUAGUGCUGCCGAAGCACAGAAUGGUUUAUCCAAAAUUUUACUUUCUCCUGUAUAACUUUGUGUUGUAUUUGACCUUGGGGCCUUUAAUGCAGGCAUUGGGCUAUUAAAGCAACAGUAUGACUGGAAAAAAUACCAAUAGCUUCUUCUUCAUAUAUGUUGGGUCUAGUUAUAUGCAGGAAGCCAGUAAUUCCAUUGCAUUAUCCUAUGCAGAUAUUUUAUUAGACUGACAGGAAUGAGAAUAAUUACAGCUGUUGGCUGUAUCAUAAAUAAUAAUAAUAAU